AUGAAGAUAGGUCAGAAUGCAUUUAGAGAGGGCAUGCCAAAAGAUGCAUACAGUUCAUAUGAGCAUGACAGUAAUGUUCUUCCUCCAGGAUUCCACCACAGAGACUAUCAUAGAGGGAGAUUAAAGGGGUUUGCAAAUACAGAGAAUAAGGCUGUGUUGAUAAACAUUACAUCCUUCCAUCGCGGGGGCUCCCCGGGCCGCCGCCCCCCGCUGACCCUCGCUCCCCUGUCUGCGCAGAGCGGCGUCAUGGUGCCCUUAGAGAUCGUCCUCCUGAAGAAGGUGGGCUCUGGUUUCCGUGGGGUCAUCAAACUGCUGGACUGGUACGAGCGGCCCGACGGCUACCUGAUCAUCAUGGAGCGGCCGGAGCUGGUGAAGGAUCUCUUCGACUUCAUCACGGAGAAGGGCGCCUUGGACGAAGAAACGGCCCGCGGCUUCUUCCGGCAGGUGCUGGAAGCCGUGCCCGUGCGCCACUGCUACGGCUGCGGCGUGGUGCACCGGGACAUCAAGGACGAAAACCUGCUGGUUGACCUCAGGACAGGCGAGCUGAAGCUCAUCGACUUCGGCUCGGGGGCCCUCCUCAAGGACACGGUCUAUACCGAUUUCGACGGAACAAGAGUAUACAGCCCUCCAGAGUGGAUCAGAUACCACAGAUACCAUGGGAGAUCAGCAACAGUAUGGUCUCUGGGAGUUUUACUGUAUGAUAUGGUAUGUGGAGACAUCCCUUUUGAGCAAGAUGAAGAAAUCUUGAGGGGACGAUUAUAUUUCAGGAGAAGAAUUUCACCUGAAUGUCAACAACUGAUCAAAUGGUGCCUUUCACUGAGGCCUUCAGACAGACCAACACUUGAGCAAAUUUUUGACCAUCAAUGGAUGCACAAAUCUGAAGUAGUGAAGUCUGAGGACUGUGACAUAAGGCUACGGACCCUUGAUACUGAUGUAUCUAGCACAAGUUCAAGUAAUGAGAGUCUGUGAAUUACUAAGGACCUCGCACUGGGAGGGGAGCUACAAGCAGAAAGACCACAGUGCUGCUGCCAAUACGUAGGAGGGGCUAGAAAAAUGCAUUCAUUAUUCUGUAGUUGAAUCUUUGUCUGAGGGAAUUGAUUUUUAUUUUCCCCCUUUGCUGGUUUCUGCUUUGGAAUGAGAGUUUUCCUUUGGAAACGCUAAUGUUUGGGAGUUGCAGGCCAGUACUUAGUCAAAGACUGACCUUGUUAAGAAAGCAGUGACCUCUUGAAUACAUGGUAAACUUUUUUGCUCUCAUAGAGCCUGGACUAGAUUUUAUUUGCUUUUGAGUGCCUUUUUGAAAGCUGCUUCAGUGGGACUUUCUUUUUUGAGCUGUGUAUGUCCAAAGAAGAUCCAGUUCAUUAUAGGAAUUUGCUCCCUUUAGACUCUGUGCUGGAGGAAGCAGCUCCUAUGAUGCAUUGGAGAACAUGUUCGGUGAUUGAAUGAAGUAGUCCCAUCCACUGGUGAUGGAAUACUUGAACACAGACAUUUC